ACUUUAAUAGUCGUGCGCGAUAAAUAAUAUCUCAUUUCCAUGUAAAGAGACAAGUUUUUCCCUUCUCUCUCAUUCCCGCGGUAGCAUAUCUCAGCCCUGCUCAACCUAUAAACCUCCGCCCUGCUCCAGCUCUGCAGAUCUGAGGAAGGCGAGGGCUUCUCGUGAAAAAAGAUUAGGGUUCUUGCUGCGGGAUCUGAUGCGUAAGUUCGUGGCAUGAAGCUCCCGGAUGGUUUUGGCUUUCCGGGGAACAAGGCGACGCUUCUCCGGUGUUGUUCGGUUGUUUGAUCAUUGAUGACCUUGCAAUGGCGCCCCUCUGAAGUUCGAGGCCCUUCUAACUCGGAUGGAGAUUUCAGGGCCGAUUACGCCUGGCCAGAUGGCGGUGUUGGUUGGAUUCAUCCCCAUUCUUUUGGCAUGGAUGUAUGCAGAAGCGCUAGAGUUCUGGAACAAAUCAAGGCAAGCAACUGUCAAUCCCACCGUCCCUGAUAUUUUACUCAAGGAAGAAGCCAAAAAACAAUUGUUGGAGAGUGGCCUGUCACCGGAAUCUUCAAGAGCUUACAAACAAAAAGCAGGACUUUUCAGAUUUUUCAUGAUGGAGAAGGAUUUCCUACUAGACAAUCGCUUGACAUUGAGAGCUGCAUCUGAAUUUGGAGCCUUCUUGGUUUAUUUCUACCUAUGUGAUAGAACUGAUCUGUUUGGGGAGUCCAAAAAGAACUACAACAGGGAUCUUUUCUUUUUUCUGUUUUUCCUUCUCAUCAUUGUAGCAGCAAUGACUUCUUUAAAGAUCCAUCACGACACUUCUCCAUUCUCAUCGAAACCAGUCCAAUAUCUCAAUAGGCACCAAACUGAGGAAUGGAAAGGAUGGAUGCAAGUACUCUUUGUGAUGUAUCAUUACUUUAAUGCUAAAGAAACUUACAAUGCAAUUCGUGUUUUUAUUGCUGCAUACGUGUGGAUGACUGGGUUUGGCAACUUCUCUUAUUAUUAUGUCCGAAAAGAUUUCAGCCUUGCGCGAUUUUGCCAGAUGAUAUGGCGAUUGAACUUUUUUGUAGCAUUUUGCUGCAUCAUCCUUGGCAACCACUAUAUGUUGUAUUACAUCUGCCCUAUGCACACAUUUUUCACUUUGAUGGUCUACUGCUCACUUGGAAUUCUUAAUAAAUACAAUGAGACUGGAUCAGUGAUUGCAAUCAAAAUUGCUGCAUGCUUCUUGGUGAUCGUUGCAGUGUGGGAGAUUCCUCGUGUCUAUGAUUUCGUUUGGGCGCCCUUCACUUUCCUUUUAGCAUAUAAUGAUCCGGAUGCCUCAAGGAAGUACCCACCUAUGCACGAAUGGAAUUUCCGAGCUGGCCUUGAUCGCUAUAUUUGGAUAUUGGGAAUGAUAUAUGCUUAUUUUCAUCCAAUGGUAGAGGGAUGGUUGGAAAAAUUAGAACAAACAGAAGUGAAGCUGAGAACAUUGAUCAAAACUUGUAUCUCUGCAAUCUGCCUUGUGGUUGGUUAUCUAUGGUAUGAGUACAUUUACAAGCUCGAAAAGUAUACCUACAACAGAUACCAUCCAUAUACAUCAUGGAUACCGAUCACAGUAUGUAUCUGCUUGCGGAACAUCACUCAGGAAUUUCGAAGCUAUACCCUCACCCUCUUCGGGUGGCUCGGAAAGAUGACACUGGAGAGCUACAUAGCACAGUUCCAUAUAUGGCUAAGAUCAGGGAAACCAGAUGCACAACCUCAAAAGCUACUGUCGAUCGUUCCCAACUACCCGAUGCUGAACUUUAUGCUCAACACCAUCAUAUUUGUCACUGUUGCGCAUCGAAUAUUUAUUCUAACAAACAAGCUGAAGCCUGCAAUGAUACCGACCGGGGACAACAAGCAAUUGCUCUUCAACUUGAUUUCAGGAGUCAUCAUCUCUAUCACCUUAUAUGCUUUGUCAUUGGUUUUACUCAAUCUUAUGAAUAAACAGAAAAUAUAGGAAUUUGAGUUCUAAGCAAGAACUUGACGGUGAAGUAGAAUAUCUGUUGUGUUUUGUUGAUAUGCAGGUUUAGUGUACAGAGUGGAAUUAAGGAAAUAGAAUUGUCAUCAGAUUUAAGGCGUUAAUGGAAUAUUUAGUGACGAUUAUUAUUUCAUAAACAGCUUGAUUAUAGUACUACAAUAAUAAUAAUCAAGUAUUUUCUCA